GAGACGAUGACAGACACCAACGAAGAAGAAUGUAGCGCUAAAAAAUGGCUACGUUUUGGCCGCACAAAUCAAUAAUUCACUUUUCUCCAUAACGGUGUCAUGAAUGCGGCAAGUAGCGUGAUGUAAAAAUCAGCAGUGUGAAAGUAGCGUAGUCAAAACUAGGAAUUGCCAUUUUGUCCUUAGUUUAAUUUGUUAAAGGCAGCAUAAGGAACCGAUACAACGACUCUCUUCUCAUUGUUUACCCUCUUCUUCGUUUUAUUGACCCCAGCGUCGUUUUUUCGUGAGCUCUAAAAAUGCCGCUGGGGUUAAAACCGUGCUGUGCGGUCUGCAAGACUAACUCUUCGUCCAUGUGGAAGAAAGGAAACCAAGGAGAAAUCCUUUGCAACAGCUGUACAGGAAAGAGCAGUAGCGGCGGAGCUUCAGGUCCCUCCUUGUCCUCCAAUGUACAGCCCAGCAACGGCGGCGGCAAACAGUCAAAGCAGGAGAUUCACAGGAGAUCAGCAAGGUUGAGAAGCACCAAAUAUAAAGCUCCUGCAUCUGAAAAGAAAGUGUCAACAAAAGGGAAGGGGAGGAGACACAUAUUCAAACUAAAGAAUCCCAUUAAAGCUCCAGAAUCUGUUGCAACAAUUAUCACAUCUGAGUCCGUUUUCUACAAGGGUGUGUACUACCAGACAGGGGAUGUGAUUAAAGUAACAGAUGAAGAGGACGGAAAGCCGUACUACGCCCAGAUUCGUGGCUUUGUCCAGGACCAGUACUGUGAAAAGAGUGCUGCUCUGACCUGGUUAAUCCCCACUCAGGCCAGUCCCAAGGACCAGUUUGAUCCAGGGACAUAUAUUGUUGGUCCAGAGGAGGAUCUGCCCAGAAAGAUGGAGUAUCUGGAGUUUGUAUGCCAUGCCCCCUCUGAAUAUUUCAAGUCAAGGAGUUCUCCAUUCCCUACCAUUCCCAUCCGUCCAGAAAAAGGCUACAUCUGGACCCAUAUAGGACCCACACCAGCUCUCACAGUCAAAGAGUCUGUCAGUGGCAGCAGUUAAUAGGUCUCUGAGAUAACGGGCUGUUCUUUUUAGACAGAUGUACAUUCCUGGGCAUAAAAAUUGGGGACCUUUUUCUUUUUACUUUUUCUUUUUUUUUUUUUUUUUUUUGACCAGGAAAUGUACUGUAUGUACAUUAAUGUAUAAAAGGAAAAAUGACUGCUGGAAAGCCCAGUUUUUAUAUCUGAUUGAAGACACAAUUUGUAAUUUGAUACCAAGGAAAACAGAUGCUACGACAAGGAACAGUGAUUCUUCAGUCACACCAACUGCAUUGGAAUAAAAAAUGGCUUAAUUUUAAAGCA